UCGUGCACUAGCCGAGCAGUUCGGCUUCCUCAUUCAUUAAUAGAAAUUAAUUACUUAAAACUCAGUCCUUGAUAGUGAGCCCAGGUGUUGACAUCGGUGUUAGCUCUAUAUUUAGGAUAAUUUUCGAAGUAAUGAUAAUUAAAUUAUCUAGACCAAUCCGGGGUGUUUGCAAUUAGUCUGAGUCUUAUUUAUUCAUGGAUAUCGCUCAAUAUUCAACAAAGUGUGGAAGAAUAAUAAUGACUGGAAGGAGGUAAUACGAUAGUGCUCAGUGAAUAAGACAAAAUAGUGUUAUCAUGAUCAUAACUGGAUGACACUUUCGAAGCCUCGCUAUGACAGAUAUUAUUCAUCGUAUAACCGGAGACUUUGGUAUAUGGCAGCUGCGAGCAGUGUUGAUUAUUUUUCUUUGUAAAAUACCGUCAUCAUGGUUCAUGGCGUGUGUUAUAUUCACGGCUCCAGCGCCGCGUUUUAAUGAAUAUUAUUGUGCAGACGGUCUUCCAGAGCAAGAGCAACCAACCGGAGUAUCCAAGUUUUCCCUUCACGACUUCUAUAACACCGCGGGAAACUAUUCCCACCAUGACCAUUGCUUCAAAGAACAAUACAAUAAUGUAACUAACAAAUAUGACGAAGUGCCUUGUACCAGUUUUCAAUACAUCCCAACUGACUAUUGGUCACUGGUCACCCAAUUCAACUUAGUUUGCUCAAGAGAAAUUUUCGUAGCGUGGACUCAAUUUUGGCAUCUCUUCGGAGUACUAAUGGGUGGCAUCUCAGCAACCAAAUUGAUGUUAAGGUUUAGUCCGCGGAAUGUUAUGCUUAUGGGUAUGAUCACACAAAUAUUUUGUGGCUGCAUAACAGGCAUGACUUCUAGCUUCAACAUUCACUGCGCAUUCAGGUGCUUUUCAGCAAUGUGCUGUGCGCUGAUGUUCACCGCAGGACAAACAAUCUUUUCAGAAAUAACCGGCGGCAAGUAUCGUCUCGGCGUAGCAACACUUUUCGAUCAAUUCUGGUCAAUCGGAGUCAUCCUAUUGCCGGGACUCUCCAGCUUCUUCAGUAGUUGGGUUCACAUCUACUUAGCAAUUACAUUUCCAACUGUGAUCUUAAUAUUACUUUACCCUUGGAUACCAGACGCUCCGCGGUGGCUUCUGAAACGUGACCGCGUAGAAGAAGUGGAGAGAAUUUUAAUAGAAUCCGCCGGAAUCAACGACCGAAUGUGGAUGGUGCCACAGAACCUGCACGAGGAACUUGAAACAUUGGCGAACUCAUUAAAGUCAGAGCCACCGCCCGCAAAUUGGUGGAGCCUUUGGACAGGACCACGUGCUAAAACGCAUCUCAUUGCGGCACAUAUCGCCUGGACCGUGUACGUGACGAAUUUCAAUGGAAUGUUGUUGAAUAUCAGGUCCUUCGGGCGUGAGUACUUGAAUAUCAAUACAAUUUUCACAGGAAUCAGCGAAAUCCUCGGAUGUUUUCUGGCCCUGUUUUUUGCUUUGCACACAAGAAACAAGUGGAUGAGUGCUGGGAUUUAUAACAUCGUAGCCGGAUUGAUUGGAUGCCUAGGGUGGUUCAUAUCGGAUGAAUGGAGCGAAACUACUCGUGUAGCCGUUUGGAUGGUACUCUCAUCGAUACCGAAAGCAGGCGUGUCAAUAUCACAAUCAAUGCUCAUUGCCGGCACUUCUGAAUUGGUCCCGGCGCCGAAGCGACAAAUUUUCACAUUCUCCUGUAUAGUGGUAGCAAGGAUUGGAUUACUGACUGCUCCCUUCAUAAAUGUUCUGAAAAAUUUCGAUACGGCAUUAUCCUUGACGGCUUUCUGUGUGCUUGGUCUUAUCGGUGGCAUUGCAACAUGCUUCCUGAGAAGUGAACAAAUCAAUACGAACGAUUCGGCUGGAACGGAUUUUGAGCGCAACCCGAAUAACCUUUGUGCUUCGUCUACUACGGAGGAUAUAAUAACGACCCGAAAUGGAAUUCCAAGUACAAUCAAUGUUUGGACGACGGAGCCUCAAUUUUCGGAGAAGACUAACUUGUAAUGCCCUUCGGAUUUCUACGAAGGAUUUUUCCCAGUAUUAAGGAUAUAGGCGAAUACGACUUAGUUUACUUAAGAGGCUUUUGUGGGUGCUCAAAGGAAUUACUCCUGUCUUGUUGAUAGAUUCCUAGGAUAUUUGUUAAAUGAUUUCCAUAUCCUUUAGUGAAAUUGUAUAUAGAAUGAUGUUAAGGGUUUUGUUUUACAAAUAACAGUUUCUUCAUUUGUGAAUAAUGGGAAUGAAGCUGUAAUGUUAUG